AUGUCUCUGGACGAUGACGAGGGCGGUGGGGCCGCGCCGGCCUCGGGCCCCCUCUUCUCCUCCUCGUCCGGCGACGCGGUGCCCACGGGGGCCGCCGGCACUUGCGUGGCGCGAGCCGUCUGCGUGUUCUUCGCGCGGCUCGCCGCGGGGGAGGAACUCCGGCCCCUCAUCCGGCAGGUCCGCGCCGAGCUGCGGCGCCCGACACGAGCGGCGCAGGGCCCCCCAGCCCUGCCGGCCGCCGCACCCGACACCGGCGCACUCACUACGACGACUACGACGACGGAGGCAGCAGCAGCCGGUCUACCGGGACUCAGUCAAGGCGCCGCCGCACCCCGCGAAAUCAGUGGCCGGGACAGGGUGUUUCUCCAGCGUGCCGCAAAAGUAGCCUUGAUGCUCUCCGUAGAGAGUGGAACGGCGCAGGAGGAGGCAACGCGGCUGUUGUGUGAACCGGUGGUGGCGCAGGCUCUGCAGCGUGACGCAAAGCAGGGCAAUUUUCUUGCGUUGCCUUUGCCAAGCAAAUACGGCAUUUUGUUGAGUGACCGAGUAGCGGUGCGGCACGCAAGGCGGUGGGGGCGCGAGGGGCGGUGGGAUGUGGGGCUGCAGCUGCUGGGAGGCGUCGCCCCCAGCGCCAUGACGGCGGCGGCGGCUGUGGAGCUCUUCAUCCACGCCGGGCGCUGGGAGAUGGCGCUGCGGUCGCUUGCUCGCAUUCCCCCCGCAUCGUGGACGGAGAUUGAGGUGUCGGCCGCCGUCCGCGGCCUCUACCGCGCCACCGAAGCGCAUCGCCGCACGAGCGCGGCGGUCGACAAGGCCUCAGGGGCUGGCUUGUGGGAGGCUGCGCUGCGCAUACUGACGCUGGCGCGCGACAGCAAAGUCCCGCUGGGUGCGCCAUCGGCUGCCAACGACGCGCUGGGUUUGCUUGGAGCGGACGGGCGGCAGUGGGUUAUGGCGUGUCGCCUUGUAGAAGGCAUGCUGCUGCGCGGGAAAAGGGAGGGGCUGGUGGCUGCGCCCAGCGACGGAGUUCGUCCAAAUGUGGUUUCCGUCUACCACAUGUGUCGGGCCCUGCGGGAGCGUUGGGACCUGGCGCUCCAUUACGCCUCGCUGAUGAUUUCUGCGGGGGAUAUUCGUAUCACUGACGAUCGCGAGGCGACAGAUCGCCUGCUACAAGCCUGCAUCCGUGGGCACCGCUGGGCGGAGGCGCUGCGUACCGUGCAACAGUCUCUAGAGAGCAACCUAAGCAGAGCGGGUAACGCAGGCGAGGACUGCGUUCGCACCGAAGUUUUUCUUCACGUGCUGCGAGUAUUGAACGGGUGCCAGAAAGGGUCCCUCGCCACGCAACUCCUCCAGCAGCCACAGCUGUCGAGGCACUUUAGCACGGACACCACGGGAAAGGCGUGUAACGUGAUGCUGCGUUACUGCCCCACCAUCGCCGAGGCACGAAUAUGGCUGCAGACGCUGGGAGCGAAAAAUAUGUCGGUUGAAAAUGAGUCAUACGAACAUCUUAUGGUUUUACACGCCAGGGAAGGCGAUUGGCGGGAGGCGUUGUCGUUAUUUAACGCCCUGCUCACCGACCCGCGACGCCAGCGUCUCUAUAUUCCCUCCGCCAAGGCACACGACGCCGUGCAAUAUGCCCUGGAGCGAGCCCCGCCGCCAGGGCCGUCGUGGGAAUUGUCGCUGACGCUUUUCGCGCGCAUGUGCGACUUGCAUGUGCCGAUUUCAGAAGUAGCCUUUCAGUCUGUUGUGAAGAAGUGCUUUGCGCAGGGUAGGACCGAGCAAGCGCAAUCCCUUUUUCGCUUCGUCGUGCGUUACGGCGUCCACCGCUGA